UGAAAAACGGCAGCCUUCAUAUUAAUAUCUGUUACUCGUCGAAGUUCCCGGUGCAGACAUCUUGGAUUAUCGACGAAGGCUUUGUUCCAACUUUUUUGAGCCCGAAAGCUCUUGUGAGUGAGACUAAGCACUCUAAUGGUUCCAUCUCCGCCAGUAUGGAGCUUCCACCGGAAGUCCCUUUGACGCUGCUGCGUUUCCACGUGGCCUGCAAGAAGCAAUCGUUGCUCGUGUAUACGGUACUGUAUGUGUCGCACGGCAUGGCGGACACAUUCGAGGAGAUCAAACAGUUUUCCCUGUACAUGCCGCCCGCGAAUGAGGUUGGAAUCACGCCUGGCGGGGAGGCCCGCUUUCACGCCGUCGUUGACACAUCAGGGACGAAGUAUAAGUUCGGUCUCCUACAAACAGAAUUAUCCGUCUACAGUAAACGCCUGGGCGAAGUUGCCAACAGUUUCUUUACCAACUAUGCAGCAUUCUCGUUUCUACCAACCAACACGUCGAGUCCCAUUGCGCAGAGACAAAUCGUCCAAACGUCUACCGAAUAUCACGCAGACAUUAUCCUCACUUCCAAAGAGCUGUACAAGAACGGCGCAGUGGUCUCGAUACUUGCGGUAUGUGCGAACCCAACGGCGCUCAUUCAGCGCAUGGAUGUUAUGAAGUUGAUGUACCUCCGACCGAUGGGCUCCAGGGAACCAGUCGCGCCAGGCACUCUAGGAUUUAUCGACGAGGAGUAUAACAUCCCUGUGCAACCGUCCGAGCAUGCGCUGGUUCGCUGCAAGCUGGUAGGUAACCCGGUGACGAACAUAACGCUUCACAUGAAGCCGGCACGCGGCGGGGACUAUGUUCCGGUGGACGCCCCGGUGAAGCUGACAGCGAUGGAGUACGAAACGACGGCAGUGUUCCACCUGCUCAACACCAGCAGUAAGGACGCGGGCGGCUAUAUUUGCAAGGCCACGGAUGGAGUGACGGAAGUGCGGACGCGGAACCACGAACUCUCGAUCCUGACAGCGGAUAAGGUGAAAACGGCGGCAUAGAUGAAUAGCCCGUGCGCAUCAUGUUUUACGCAAUACUUAUUACAAACGGUGGACGGUGUUUUUUUGCGGCCAGAGUAUUUAUGUCUUUAUUAAUGUGCAGU